AUGGAUGUUCUACUCACUUCAAGGCAAAGCUUCCUUUCUAUUCCACUUUCCUCCAAACGGCAACGGCAACGGCCUCCGGUGGCGCUUGUAUCUAUUUCAUGCAGAGCUGCCAAAGCGGGUGGCGGUGAAAACGACAGCACCACUAGUUUCUAUGAGGUUCUUUCUCUGAGCCCGAACAACGCGAACAUGAAGGAGAUAAAGAAAGCAUAUAGAAGCAUGGGUCUUCGAUACCACCCCGAUGUUUGUCCUUCUCCCAUGAAGGAAGAGUCCACCAGAAUUUUUGUCCAGCUGAAUGCCGCAUACGCGACGCUCUCAGAUCCUAUGCUGCGCAGAGAGUAUGACUGCGAAUUGGGUUUGGGAAAUUACGGGAAAACAUUGAAGAAGAUGGACAGUAACGAUGAUGUUUGGAGAAGCAGAUGGCAGGAUCAAAUUCUUGAGUUAAAGAGGAGGACGAAUUGCAAAGGAGGGGUCAUGGGAUCAUGGGGGAGUAGAAUAAGGGCACAGAAUAUGAGGAAAAAGGAGUAA